AUGUCGUCUACGCCCACACCUGCUAAUGACCCUCCUCUUCCCGUUAGCAUUGAAAUGGAACAAUUACAUAUUGAUGAUGAGGGUCAUGUAUGGAUAUGUAUGGAGUUGUUAGAUUCUAGUAUGGCUCAAGUCUCAGACAUUGUAUAUAAAACUUUAAAUGAGCGUAUACCAGAAGAUAUACUUGGCAAAAUGACUGUUGCUAUGAUAAAGGCACUUCAUUUUCUACAAAAAGAGCUUAAAAUUAUACACAGAGAUGUCAAACCUAGUAAUAUUUUGGUGAGUGCUAGUGGAGACUUUAAGCUUUGUGAUUUUGGUAUUAGCGGUAAACUUGUGGAUUCUAUUGCUAGGACAAUGGACGUUGGGUGUCGACCAUAUAUGGCGCCCGAGAGGAUUGAUCCAGUUCGUGCUUCAUUAGGUUAUACAAUACAGUCUGAUGUUUGGAGUUAUGGUAUCACAUUGGUGGAGUUAGCUCAAGGAUCUUUUCCGUAUAGUAAAUGGAACACCAUUUUUGAUCAGCUCAAUGCUGUAGUCAGUGGACCACCUCCUGUACUACCAGCAGAUACCUUCUCUGAACCACUUCAACAGUUUACAGCAGCAUGGUAUGUGUCUGUGUACUAUUAA